AUGACCGACGGAGAUUGGGAGGAGACAUGGAAAGAUGGAUAUCACUCUUCCUUGUGGGAGAUAUAUUCUCUAAAAAGGAAUUCUUGGAGAAAAGUUGAUAUAGAUAUGCCUACACAAUAUAAUAGUGGUGUGGGUGUUCAAGUGUACAUGGAUGGAGUGUGUCACUGGUGGAGUGAAAGUGAUGAAGUUUAUUUGGUGUCAUUUGAAUUGAUCAAUGAGGUCUUUGUGAAAACACCCAUACCUUCAAAUAUGGAUGAUAAUGAUAUUGAUUCUAGAAUAUUGUUUAGACACUUGAAUGUGUUAAAUGGAUCAAUUGUAUGGAUUUCAAAUUAUGCAGAGACUGGUACUUUCCACAUAUCAAUUUUAGGUGAAGUUGGGGUCAAAGAGUCAUGGACCAAACUCUUUAUUGUAGGUCCUAUGCGUGACAUUGAACAUCCUAUUGGUAUUGGCAAGAAGGGCGAUAUAUUCUUCAGAAAAAAAGAUAAUGAGCAAAUUUGUUUAAAUUUAAGCACCUAG